UUUAUUUUCCAUUUUAUUACUUUGGUAGAUACAGUGAGAUAAUAAUUUCUUCUUGUGAUGGCACUCUUUUCUCAAACUAGUCAACAGGGUUUUCAGGCUUUACUAUGGAAAUGUCGUAUGUUCUGGCCUGUUUCAAGAUGUCCACAACUGUUUGCUGUCUCCUUCAGCAUCCCCAACAGGGAAAAGUUUAUCCAUUUCAGUUUUGUGACAUCUUCCAGCACUGCGUUACCAGUGGAUCCUAAAGGAACCAAUGACUUUCCUACCAAGAAAAGGUCUGAAAUUGAUUCUGAAGAAAAAAAAAAAUGGGAUGAGGAGUCUAAGGACCUAGCUGAAGAGAAACUCCACUUUUCUUCUGUUAGAUCUCCAAAGAAGCAGUUAGUGAGUCACAUUCUGAGUAGGCAUAGGUUUACCACCAUACAGCCUCCAGAAAAGCCAUUGCAAGCUGAGGAAUGGAACAGACUGAGGGAAAGCUUUUCAUCACCUGAAAUAUUUGAAGAAGUGAUGUUGAACAGUAUGGUCAGGUACAACAGCCCCAUUGAUGUGGCUAAGUCCUUGCUGACCCAUGUGGCAAAGAGCCAUGGUGACAUCGCAUAUAGUCUGUUGAUCAAAUACCUGGCAUUGUGUGUCCAGCAGGGGAAGACUUCAGAAAUCCAUGAUGUGUAUGAUAUAAUGAAAACCAGAUAUAAGGUUUUAGAAAGUGGGGCUUACAACCUUCUUAUCAGGGGGCUGAGUAAUUCAGAUCAAUGGAGAAUGGCCUUGACUCUUUUGGAAGAAGUCAAAAAGAUUAUGAUUCCCUCACGGGCAAACUAUGAAUCCUGUAUCAAAGCAGCCAGCCGGCACCGAGAAAUGAACCUCGCAUUUGACCUGUACCGUGAAAUGUUGGAUAAGGAUUUGGUCCCAACCUUGGACGUCCUGCAGGCCUUUUUUGACUGCAGCAGGGGAAUGAAAGGUGCAGAGUUACAAAAAGAGCUGUUUGGUAUCCUCUUUUAUUUGAGAGACAACCAAAUAUACCCUCACAAAACAUUUAUGUGGAGUAUAAAGCUAUGGUUUGAAAGUAUACCAGGUGAGAACUGGAGGGGACACCUGACUACUAUUAAAGACAGUGGACAGUGCCCAGUUUGCCACCAUCAGCUGGAGGACAGCAACCUCACUGAAGAGGACUAUAAUAACCUCAGAGAAAGAAUCGUGAGGGAUGUGAUACAUGGCACUGACACUUUUAGAAAGACAAGCCCACAGGAAUUUGAAGCCUUUCAAACAUUUGUGGAAAAUCGACUUCCAUUUGAUAUUGUUAUUGAUGGGCUCAACGUUUCCCACAUGAAACCCAGACAGACACAGUGUGAAAAUCUGUUUAAUGCUGUCAACUGCCUGGCAAAAGGGAACACCCGGCUGCUUGUGCUGGGCCGCAAACACAUGCUGACUAACUCUUCAAAUUGGAGAAAAGAGCUUAUGAAGGAGAUGCAGGAUAAGGCAGACUUCUUCUUUGCUGAAAAUAUCUCUGAAGAUGAUACCUUCUUGUUAUAUGCCACUCUUCAGUCAGGCAAGCAUUGCAAGUUUGUUACCAGAGACUUCCUCCGGGAUCACAAGGCUUGUCUUUCCGACAGUGUGACGCGGCAUCUGUUCCGUAAGUGGCAGCGUGGGCACCAAAUAGCCUUUUACUCAUCUGAAGAAGGAAAUCAUAUAAAUUUUUUGCCUGCUCUCUGUUAUGACUGUGUGGUGCAGACUACAGGUGACACAUGGCAUAUCCCCUAUAAAAACAAUUUUGAGGAAAAAUAUUCAUAUCAGGUACCAAGAAAAUGGCUUUGCAUUCAACAGAAGUGAUGAAGAAUGUAAUUGCGCAAGAUGAAGAUGCCUUUUUUUGUUUGUUGAUAACUAGGAAUACUCAGCAACACAGUUACAGGAUUACUGUGUAACUGCAUUUAGUCAAAAUCAUUCCUGCAGUAAACUUGUUGACAUCAAUGGUUGUCCAUCAGGAACAAAUUAGGCCCAUCAUUUCCACCUUUGCAGGUGACUUCUGUAGCCUAAC